AUGGUUGGCAGAUUUGGAGCUUCUUCGACGACGACGAGAGCGCCUCGAGGAGGUCAAUCUGCGUGGAUUGGAAUGUAUGGAGAUGCGCUCUUGAUCUUCUCGCAUGGUCGUAAAGGGAACGCUACCAUUGAUGAAGGAAGGAUCGGAAGUGAAGGAGCAGACAGCCGCAUGGGGAAACAGAACAUAACAAGGUUGAAAGUGGCCGAGGUUCUUGACUGGACAGAUAGUAGUUCAACUGCAUGCCCCAUUAGGGAGUUUGUCGCAGUCACUUUUGCGGUAGGUGAAUAUCUGAAUCAUAGUAAGAGACAUCGUAGUAAGAAUGUUGAUGAAGACGCUGCAGACAUCGUAGAAAACUGUCGCUAA